GCGAUGGCCUAGUCCAAAUGCCACUAAUGAGUACCAGAAUGUCACAAAUUGACAAUCCCCCCUUCGAAAUGCGUGUAUGAGUUAUGGUUCCUAACAUGGUACCACCGUGAAAGUCGGUACUACUGGUACUGCUAUUCCGAUUUUGUGCGAACGUCUAUCAAUUGUUCUAUUCGAGCCGUUAUUGUUACAUCAUGUAGGAAAGUUUAAAAACCUCUUGGUUAAUUCGGAAUACAGUAGGUGAACAACAGUUACAAAAUAAUUGUUUAUGGUUCUCAAACGAUGCAUUGUGAAGUUUCUCGAGUUUUUAUUGCGUUGGGAUAUGGUGAUGUGACUGGGUGGUGUGUUAUGUCAGUUCUGUGUAUUCGGGGUUGAAGUUGGUGAAAUGUCGUCAUGUUAUGGCAUCUGGUCGUACUGUUCGGCAGGUGAAACAUGGGGAGAAGUUGAGAAGGUCUCAGAACUCUUUGAAUCCUAUCUCAUCUCCUGAGACUACGGUUCAACAUGGCAAGGAGGCAAAGCUGCUCAAGCUGGUUGAGGUCGAUGGUUAUGGGCCAUACAAACCAGUGCCACCCCCAAAACCACUCCCCCAGUUACCUUCAGGUUCUCAGCAAUCAGGUUCAUCCACUCCACCUCCCUACAGAAUGCCCCCUUACCCCCUUUACAAUGAAGCAACCAUCCCAGGAGCAGCUGGUAACGAUGGUCAAUUGAGCACUCCUCAUUCCAAUUCACAGCAAGGACUUCAGACGCAUUCCAGCAAAUUUCCGAUUGAGAGAGAAGUGAUCCUUUCUAGUACAGAUAAAAAUUCCAAAAUACCAAUUUUGCACGAUUACAAGAAGAGAACGAAGGCUGUAGUAGCGCCAGACGUACCACCUAAACAAAUGGCUGCCUGGACUCUUUCAAACGGUCAAACUUUAUCUCCUGAUCAGACCCAUCCAAAUAUGGCACAAACCUGCCACUCAGGUGAUACCAACUCAUUUUUUCGUCCAACUUACAUACCCCCACAAGACUGUUACAAUGCCCAAACUCCUCCAUCUACAGGUGCCGUCCCUAGGCAAACUUGGCAAGGAGGAGAUCCGACGAAACCAGCUCCAAGACCUUAUGUACAAUCAGAAGAAUAUGCUAACAAUAACCAGUCGGUAUCAGUACAAAUAGAACCUAACAACAAAGAUAACACUCAGAAAGACACUCCCAAAUCCUCAAAAGGUAUGACCAAGACAUAUUACACUAUAAAAGAUAUGAUUUCAAGUAAAUUCAAAAGUAGUAAGGAACAAGAAGAGAAAAACGAAGAAGUAGGACUUAAUAAUGUGGCGGACGAACUGAGAAAAAGUCAGAGGAAUUUGAAUGAAGAACAGAACGAGGUAAAAAGAGCACAAGAACAAGGAAACAUACAGAAAUCGAGAAUGGAGUCUAUGCAACAACAACAACAAUAUAAUCAGCAUUUUCUUCAACAGCAUCUCUUGGCGCAACAAGCCCAACAUCAGUUCCAAGCUAACCAGCAUAUCAAACUUCAACAGCAUUCGAUUUAUCAGCAACAGUUAGCUCAAGCCAGGUCGCAAGAAAUGCUGGCUGGGAGAGCAGAUGAACAAAUUUACUACCAAACCGCUUAUGGUGGAAGUUCUUCAAAUCGAAUUGUCAAUAGGCCUCAAAACUUUGUACAGAUGCAGCAACAGGCUUUCAGUAAAGAAGGAAUGAAAGAUGAUAGAAAUUCUCAACUUUCUCCUGAUAGGAGAAGCAUUCAACAAAUAGAGAGGGAUCAACAAGUGAAAACCUUCGAAGCUAGAAGAGCUGCAUCACAACCCCAGCUUCUAUUGGAUGAAAUCAAAACCGACCUUACUGACAGCAGACCUCAACCCCAAGCAGCUGUAUCUAGUCGUAGAGGUUCUUAUGGUAAUCUUGUAGAUAUGCAGGUAUCUCCAAAUGAUGCUGGAAAAGAGAGUGAUGAUGGUGGUUUCCUAAAACGAAACAAUUCUAGAGAGAGACAACUUGCAGACAAGAAUCAAACAAUGGAGAGUUCUACUAUGGACUUGACGGGAAGCAGAGAGAAGGACAGCCUAUCAGAGGUGCUUCAGGGUACUCCACGCAAGAAACUAGAAGGGGAAAUAGGAAAAAUCGAAGGGGUGUAUAACGUUGGUCAAAGAACUAAACCUGAUGAUGACCAGAAGAAUACCAAGAGGAAUACCGCAAGUUCUGGGGCAAGUUCAGACUAUGAUAAAACAGGAGGUCAGUCUUCAUCUAACGUUGAUUCAGGAAGAGGAAGUGCAGCAUAUAGCAGUGGGAGAAGACAGACGGAUAUCAGCAGUGACAUAGGAGAAAUGACAAGAAAUGCUUACAAAGACAUAUCAUCAGGUCAUGAUUCUGAAUGGGUAGAUGUUGUAGAAAAUGAACUACGAAAUAUACUUGAACCGAAGCUUCAUGAAUUAUCUCUACAUGUCAAUUCUAGUAAUAUCGCGAAUUCAACUAUCAGUGAGAGUAUUUCUUCAAUGACUCCUCCGUUGCCACCUUUAUCACCAGGAGAACAGUCUUCUGCGACUCCAACACCAAGGAAUUCAACAAGAUUUAAACAUAGCAGUCUGCCCUAUGGAAGUAAACCUGAUUACGAAGGCUAUCAAAUGAAAUCCCAUCAUCGAGAAUCAACAGGAAACUCAAGAUGGAAUGGAAACUCCUCACAGAAAAACAGAUAUAUGAAGAAAAUGGAUCAUAAUGCUUUAUUUAGAGGAAAACCAGUUUUUGGCUUAGACAACACAGAUAUAACAUCUACAACCACAAGGUCGCUCGAUCUAGAAUCAAUGCUAGAUGGCCAAAGUGAUUCAGAAGAAGACAACAUUAGUACCGCAGAUGCUAGAACUAUCAGGAAGCAACUUGAAGGUCUAGAGAGUAUGUACUCUGAGGUUCUGAAAUUAUUAGGAGUUAAGAAGAAUGUCGGAAGAUACCAGCCUUCCGAUCCAAGAUUCAGCAAGAGGAGGUAUGGCAGUAUGUCAUCCCUACCAUCCAGUUCCGUGAGCAGCAGACCAAUUAGGGAUAAAAGGAAAGCACACGAGGACAGGAAGAAAGUUAGAGACCUUAGAGGCAUCAACAAGCGUUUUCAGAGAUUAGAAUCACACGUGGUGACCUUAGCUAGAUCUGUUGCUCAUCUUUCUUCGGAGAUGAGGACGCAGCAUAUCAUGAUCCAGGAAAUGGAGAAUAUAAGAGGAGAAAUCGCUGCCUUAAGAACUCAGACCAAUAUGUUGAAUGUUAGAUCGCAGUCUUCAUCCAGGCCCACAAACAGUUCCAAAGAAUUGCCGAAUUUGGCCAAUCCAACUAGAGUUAAAAAGCUUACUAAGUUUUUUGGAGAUGAGCCGCCAUUAUUGAGAAUGUUUUUGAGGAAAUUGGGCUACGAAAAAUACGCUAAUGUUUUCGAGAACGAGCGUGUUGGUAUGGUAGAACUGCCUUACCUAAGCGAGGAAAGACUGCAGAAAAUGGGAGUUCCUCUAGGUCCAAGGUUGAGGAUAAUGCAAGAAGCCCAAAUCUCAGUUUGUAAAGAUAACACUUUGUGCAUAGUAUGAGAUUUUUGUAAAUUAUAUAUUGUAUAUAUUUCGUGUAAUUUUCUCAGAUGAUGAUGGCGGCUCAAUUGAAAGACUUCGGAUGAUAAUAACAUAUUUAACAAUUUUAAGAUAUAAGUUUUAAUUGUAGUAUAGUUAACAAUAUUUUUAUUCCCGAAUUUAUUUAUGAUUUUUUUACUUAUAUUUCAUAGAUGAGUGAGUGUUAUGCAUAGUAUCGUUCAUGUAUUGCCAAUCAUGCCAAAGAAAUAUCAUUUGUAUAACUGAUAAGUUUGAACUCAACAUUUCUGAAAUAAUUUCACCGAUUCUUUUUUCUUCGUGAAAAAGAGAUUGAGCUGUUAAGAACAAUAAAUUAUAUACCUAAUUCA